AUGAACCAUCCAGCUAGUGAAGAGCUCACAGAAGCUCAGAAACGGAUUCAUACAGAGCAGCUUCAAGAAUUAGACUCGGCAGAUUUCACAAAACUCAGCGCAGGAGAGCAAUUUGCAGCUCUGGAAAAUCGGCGCCGAGCGCAUAUUCGUCUUUCCAAAACGGACCCGGAGUAUACCGUCAAGCAAGCAAGAGACUACAUUCCCGAAGACAGACAGUUCCUUAUUAGGAAAGAUGAGUUCGACGAACUCAAAAAAGAACGAGAGCAAUUUAUCUCCACCGGUGGAACGAAGUUCGACGAGUCCUGGUGGAAAACAGCGAUGGGCUGGAAUCGAGAAAGUCUUUACUCUGGCUUACAAAAUGCGGGGAAAUUCUUUACGCCUGAUAUUCUCGGACAAAUUACAGGCGUAAGAAAGACAGCUACGUUCGAUAUAUCUGAAACAUACGGGAACGAGAAUACGACGAUCAACAGACAUAUGCCUAGCAUCUUCAACACUUGGGGAUUCAGCACUAACGCAGCGCUUUCAAAGAAAAACUACUUCAACGAAGAUUGCCUUGAAUUUAGGCUUUUGGCGACGCAGAUGUGCGACGAUUUGGAAAUGGCUGAAUACGUUCGAACGGAAAACUAUAGAUUUAAAAAGUACUGGCUUUUGGUUAAGAAAGAGGAACUCAAAGCAAAACUUGACGAGAUGAAGGAAAACUUGAGUAAAUUCACGUUUUUGCCUGAUUUCAAGAGUGAAAAAUCUUCUGACGUUGAAGAAUCUCAAAAAGCUUCGAGGGAGGAAUCAUUCGUGAAUCCAAAUUUAUUGGAUAUUGACAGAAAAUACAAGAAAAUGUACGAAGAAAAAUUAAAAAAUAAACUUAGUCUUGAAGCAAACAACGAUGAAAAAUAG